AUGUGCGGUUUCGGUGAUAAAGAUAGACGUUCUAUUGAUCUACCACCUGUAGUAAAAUUAGUUGUGGUUAAUACUGAUGGUUGCACUGCUCCUGAGAGAAUUGACAUUAAUAACCCAUCGAAUUUACGUGUACGAGCUCGCGCAUGUAAUGAUAAAACUGUUGGACUUGGACCAUUUGGUGAAUGUGUCGGAAUUGUGGGUGUGUUGAUAACUAGACAACGUUCUUUCGUUCUAUUCUCAUUCUACAGUACAGCAUGGACUAAUGAUUUAUGGAACAAUUAA